GUUCACCGCAUUCAUUCUCGUCGGCAGAUGGCGGAUGCAGUAGACGCCUUCCGUCAGUCGCGCAUAGACAACUCGUCGAGUACAGUGCUAUAUUCCGUUUCGCUCAGCACCAUUUUGUGUAUAACAUUUCGAACGGGACAUUGUGUGUAUGUGCUCCGUGAAUAAUUGUAAACCACGAACAAAGUGUACAACGUAGUUUAGUGUUUCACUUUCGACAUGCCCGCGGAGGGAUCGAUGCGAUAUCUCGGGCGCUCGUAGAAACCGCGCCUCCGUCAUGAGCGAGUGAUCGUCGACGUAAAAAAAGUUGACACAGGAAACAUGUCUGGGCGGACCGCCGACGCGGAUGCGAGCGAAGGGUUCGAGUUCGAAAUUCGAAAGCGGUCAUGUCAUCGCCUCUCGGAUUUCGUAUAAGUCACCGUCCAAUGUCAAAAUCGUGCACUCACCGCGAGCGGCGAGCGUCCGGAGCCAGCGGACAAUGCAGUCGUUGGUAGUGUGGUGGGCGGUGGUAUCGGCGGCCUGGGCGCUGGCGGGCGCCUGCUCCAGCUCCAUCUCCAAGCGGCCGGCGAGGCCGGCGCGCCCGCAGCGCCCGCCGCCGCAGCCGCAGCCGCAGCCGCGCCUGAAUGUCACCUUCCCCAUCUUUAAGUGCGAGCCUGAUUACUCGGAAUACUACUGUCUCAACGGCGGAAAGUGCUUCACCGUCGUCAUCUCGGACAGCCCCAUCUACAACUGUGAGUGUCAGAGUGGAUACGUAGGCCCGCGGUGCGAGUUCAAGGACCUGGACGACUCGUACAUGCUGACGAGCCGGCAGCUCAUGAUGGAGACGGCGUCGAUAGCGGGCGGCGCGACGGUGGCGGUGUUCCUCGCUAUUCUAGUCUGCUUCGGCGCGUGGGUGCGCCUGCACCGGCGAGGCAAGGCGCCGCUGUCGCCGGAGCGCGGGCUGGUGCAGCUGGUGGCGGUGGCGGCGCCGCGGGGCCGCGUGCAGCUGUGUGCGGCGCCCGCGCCCGCGCCUCCUCCGCGCUAGUGCCGUGCUUGUUCCUCGGACUCUGCCAGAGCGACCUGUUCAUACUGUAUCUUGUGUACAUAUAGUUAGAUUAUGUGUUAAGUUAUGUGGAGAGACCGGGAGAUAUAAAAUUUAUGUGAUAAUUAUUUUACGAAGCUCAUAAUUUAUUUUGAAGUAAUUUCUUUUGUAUAUACCGGAUCCGAGCCAUUCUGAAGUGUUGCGUUUGUCAAAUUUCAGUCCUUUCCUCAGUGUUUGUGAAAUGUAAUCUGUACUAUUUUGUUCAUAUUCAGUGUAUUGGACUUGUGAGAUCAGUGACGACCAUGUACCUAAGGCUACUCGCUUCAAGUAGAGCUGUUAUGUUGUGUAUUGUUGGCACUAUAUUGCAGGAGGCAGGAGACUUGUCUCUUUGAUGUAAAUAACUUAUCUCAUUGUCUGUUUGUUGUAUUUAAAAUUCUUAUUGGAUUUGUAAUUGAAAAACUGAUAAAUGUAGUCUGGCAUAUUUGCAUCAUACGGACAAGUGUUUCCUGCGGGUGGGUGCCUCUGGUUCCACUGCAUGUUAUUGUUUUGUAAUGUAGCAAAUGUUUAGUAAGUGGGCUCACUGUAUGCCCCUGGUUAUCGUGCCUUGCAU